GAGAGCGCUGUUGUUCCGUCAAAACCCCGCAGUGUGUCCAGCCCAGUCAGUCAGUCAGUCAGUCAGUCAGUCAGUCCUUCUGUGCGUCCGUCAGUGCAUUGUUGUUCAUAUCAACAGACGCGUCAGGGCUGCAGUCGUAAACGCGCAACUUUCCGUCCCCAUCACCCGGUGUAACUUUGUGUGCAAACUUUGGGAUUGUUCGAUUUUAUGAGAAGCGGAAAGCGAAGGUGAAACUCCGAGGGAAUGGAGAAGCACAAAGUGCUGGACCAGCUCCUGAUGGAGCUCCACCGCUUCCUGCUCAUACUGGACAAGGAGACGUUGAGUGGGAAUGCCACUGUCCAGAAGGGCCUGCUCUCCGAUCUGCUCCAGUCCUACAGAACUACCAGCGGUGCAGAUGAAGAGUACAUCUACAUGAAUAAAGUCAUUGUUACGGGGAAAGACAAAGACAACAAAGAUGACAGAUCAGAUGCCCUCACAAAUGGAAAAGCAGGAAAAUUCAUCCCCGUCCCACAGAAGAGCCUUCCAGACCUGCCGCCUCCCAGAACAGGUGUGGUGGGCCGGGAGCCGUUCCCCUUACCUGCCAGCUCCAGUUCCACUCCGGCCUUUAUCGACACCUCAGAGAGUUACUAUGAGGAAGCCCAGCCCUAUGAAGAAACCGCUAACGAUGAUGGCGAAGCGGUCAGCAGUUCAUACGAGUCCUAUGAUGAGGAGGAAGUGACCAGAGGAAAGUGUCCGUCUGCUCAGCACCAGUGGCCGUCAGCAGAGGCGUCCAUAGAGCUGAUGAAGGACACCAGGAUCUGUGCUUUUCUGUGGAGGAAGAAGUGGCUGGGCCAGUGGGCUAAACAACUGUGUCUUAUAAAAGAUCAUCGCCUGCUGUGCUAUAAGAGCUCAAAGGAACAGACGCCUUUGCUGGAUGUGAGUCUCUUGGGCUGCAGCGUGGUCUACAAGGAGAAGCAGCUGAAGAGGAAAGAACACAAGCUGAAGAUCAUUCCCGUCGGAGGGGAGGCGAUCGUGUUGGGACUGCAGAGCAAAGAGCAGACAGAGCAGUGGCUGAAGGUGAUUCAGGAGAUCAGUCCGAAACCAGCAGAAAACUGUGAGACCCAGCACCCUGUCUCUGACUCCCCGAGGCUCAUCUGCACCAAGGGAGAGUUAAGCGAGAGGUUCUCCGUGGCCUCAGAGAGCGGCAGCAGCACAGACAGUCAUGCUGAAAUGCCUGAAAACAAAGAUGUGAAGAAAAAAUCCAGCGCAGGUUUGAUGUUCAGCAACCUUAUGAACAUCGGCAAGAGAAAACCCACCUCCCUCGAGAGUCCAGAGAAAUGUGUGGACACCUCAGGCUACCUAAACGUACUGGUGAACAGCCAGUGGAGGACUUGUUGGUGUCUUAUCAAGAACGGCCAGCUGUGGUUUUACCAGGACAAGGGGAAGUCCAAGGUCAGUCAGCCCGCUGUGACCUUAGAGGGCUGUAACGUGUUACCAGACCCCAGCCCCGAGCACCUCUACUCCUUCAGGAUUGAUAUGGACGGAACACAGCUGGCAACGCUAGAGGCUAAGACAUCAGCAGACAUGGGUCACUGGCUGGGCCUCCUUCUGUCCCAGACCGGGACUAAAACCGACCCAGAGGAGCUGACGUACGACUAUGUGAACGCUGAGAGAAUCUCCAGUAUCGUCAACGCAGCCAAAACCUCCCUAUACAUAUAUUACAGGAGGUAUUCAGAGGCCAACACCUACAUAGACACCCCACCCCCCAUUGCACAUAACUCUGAUGAACUGUAUGACGAUGACAUUGAAGAAACCAGUCUAGCAAACAGUGAAGAAAGCCUUCAUGAACAUAAUGACACCUCUGCACCAGAUGCUAAAGCAGCUGGUCCAGACCAGGACACAGACAACAGAAUUUACCUGGACCUCAUUCCUGUGCGCUCCUUUCUGCAUACAUCCUCGGGGGGGAAAACUCCUCCUGCCAAAGAAAUUUUAAGACAUUCCCCAGUUACCACAGAUGAAAAGGACCCUCAAUGCCAAAUUAAAGAGGUCAGUUCAACAACCCCAUCUGAGCCGGAACCAUCGCCUGAACUGAAUGGCACCGUCAAACCUGAACCAGAGCGCCCCCUGACUCCCACUGCACCACAGCAACAGAAUAAACCACUCAAGUCCUCGUCCCAAAACCAGGAGCCACCUAAGAGGACCAGUCUGGGAAUCCCUCAGGUCUUCAACUCCCCCGGUGGACAGAUCCAUAAAGGUCCGAUGAGUCCAGCGGGGCAGUGCCAGACUCCUGCUGGACGCCCUCACAGUCCACAACCCCCACGAGGGAGAAACAGUAACAGUGGAGAGAGGCCAAAGGCGUAUUCUAUAGGUUGUCCUGGAGCAGUGGAGGUAAAACUAGGCAAAAACCGCACAGAAGCCGACCUGCGGCGCUACAUCGAUGAGCGCGACCGCCUGGAGAAAGAGAGGGAGGAGGUGAGGAGCAGUCUGGCCAACCUGAAGAAGGAGAGGAGGGAGACCAAAGAGGAGCUCAGCACCUGCCAAGAUCCAAAGCAGCAGGCUUCAUUAGAAACCCGUCUGAAGCAGAAGGAGGAGGCGUGUCGGGAGGCGGAGCAUCGCAGGGUGGAGGUGGAGCUUCGGCUGGUGGAAGUAAAGGAGAGUUUAAAGAAGGUGGAGUCGGGACCUUUCACACUGGGAACCACACUGGACAGCAGCCUCCAGGACAUGAAUGUGCAACAGCCUAAAGCAGCGACUCUGCCCCCUACGCAUUCAUCAUCAUCAUCAUCUUCAUCAUCCUCCACCUCCUCCUCCUCCCAGCUCCCCAACAGUAGUGUCAGUGGAGACUCCGCCUCCCCAGUGAACUCUGCAUCAGCGCUUAAAUCCAGACCGGCCUCCAUCAUGGGCACCAAAGGCAACGUUCUGCAGAAAGCGAAGGAGUGGGAGAAAAAAAAACCCACUUAAGACCAAACCCUGCGACUUCCUGUGAACUGCAACAUUAAUGUGUUUCUCUCAGUCUGGUCAUCGAUCCAACACUUGAUAAUCAGCGAUAACUACCACAUCACAUCGGAUUUACAAACUAAGACUACAGACUCAUCCUGAUCAACUCUGCACCGAGACUAUGAAGAGCCAAUCAGAGAGAGGCGCAUGCUGUCUCCUCAAAUACCACUGGAUAACCUUACUUCAAUGACUUUGUACGUGUUUUUCUCCUUUUUACUAAAGGGAGGAAUAUGAUGCCGUAGAAUUUUAGACAAUCUAACAGUUGUUUCUGACAAUGAUACACAAUGGGAUGUUUCAGUACAAUAAACGGCAUGAAGUUUAAAGUCAAUGAAGUUUGAGACAGAAAGAGAAAAGCCCUUUUGGAUUUGUAGCUUGGUUCAUAUAUGCUGGUAGCCAAGAUGUAAAUAUAUUUACACCAUUAUUCAGCCUUUUGGCUUGUAUUGCUAGCUAAAAAUGCACUUUUUAUUCAAAUAAAAUUGUACUGACAACAA